AUGGGUGAAAUAAUGCAAGCCAAGGACAUUUCACCAUUACCUCUGGAUUUGGUAAAUGCCGUUAUACAGGAAAUCCAGAAAAACCGUCCUAUUUUCCUCUACACGUGCCCUUUAAACGACGUCUCGCUCGUCGUGCGUCUCUGUCAGUCCGCAUUCUCUGAACCAACGCCAGUAUCCUCUGCGCACCUUGCCUGCACUUAUGGAGCACUCUACUUUGUGCUGAGGGAGUUCAGAUACCUCCAGAACCCUAUCUUUCAGAGAUUUGAUCUCAAUGAAGCCAUUUAUCUAGCUGAGAACAAAUUCGAUGCUCUGCUUAAAGACUACCACGUUUUGAGCGUGCCUAGUUUCGGAAAUGUGCUUGCUUUGACUCUUGGUGCCAUGAAAGCACAGAACCAGGGAAGCCCAUUCCUCAAUUGCACUCUGAUAUCCGCAGCCGCCAGCCAUUGCCAGAGUCUGGGAUACAACCAUGACUCAGGCCACGGCAACUCCUCGAACAGCCGCCGGCUUUUCUGGUGUGUAUACAUGCUCGAGAAAGAGGUUUCUAUGUUCUUUGGACGUGCGUCAGCUCUCCAGGAUGCGGAUAUCGAUGUAGCACUGCCGGUGUUUUCUCACAAGGAACCCGUCGAGCGCUGGGAUCGGCUGUUUGAGGCUGGAAUCAAACUGGCGAAGAUACAGAAACGCAUCUAUAACGAUCUCUAUUCGCGGAAAUCGCUCAAACUAGGCCAAACUGAUCGUGAGAACAAAAUUCAUGAUAUCGUGCAGAAGGCUCAUCAUUUUUAUGAUAAUAAUCGGAUGUACUACACACUCACAUUAUCAGACGGUAGGGACCGGUUGCUUAGACUAGCAGGAGACAUACUAGAAACCAAACGGUCUGCAACAUUAACCAUACUGCUCCGGGCACCCAGUUCUUUGAAAGUAGGCCAAACGCAUAUCAGACCAGAGUGUUUCAAGGCCGCUCGCACUACAUUGAAGCUCUACCUACAUUGUUCCAGGGCCUGCGAGCUGGGAGGACUUUCGUCUGAGACAGAAAGGUAUAGAGACUGGGGUCUCCUAUCAUGCAUCUUAACGCCAUUCAUUGUAAUAACGCUACACGCCAUCGCAUCCUCAAGCGCCGAGGACAUCACCCUCCUCAACGAUGUCGUAUCAACUCUAGAACAAAUCCGGGUUGUUUCACCCAGCAAGUCCUGCGAAAAGCUAUACAAACUCACCGCCUCAUUCGCUAAAGCCGCAAGCGGGUUCGUUCAGCGUCGCGAGUCCAUUCACUCGGUAUCUAGGUGGCGGUAUAGCCGGCAGGAUGAUUCACUAUCCCUUGCAAGCAUGGACAGAGAAGCAAGUACGACUAAAAGCCUGCUGAAGGACCGUCCGGGGUCAUCGGUAUUUACUCGCAAUACGGAUGAGGGGUCACUAUUUCAGCAGGUUAUGGAUGAGGAUAUGCGCGACGUUGUUGGCGGGGACGCGGAGGAGCUGUUUCGGGUACUGGAGGGGUGUACGGGUGGUGGGUUAGUUUCUGUGCUGGACGUUUUUGGAGGAGGGUUUUUGGAUGCCUAA